AUGUUUAUAUUUGAUAACCCUUUCAUACCUGUCCCUAAUGAAAAACCUGGAUAUUUUUCAAAGCCAGAGACAACUUUGAUAAACGAUGAUAGCGGGGCAGUGCAAAGAGCUUCAAAAGUGUUGGAAGGCCUCAACCGAAUCAAUUCAAAAAUUCUCUACACAAACAUCAGAGGAGAGCUCCAUCCUUACCGCAUUCGACACUUGUACGAGCUUGUUGACCGUUUCAACGGCCUCACCGAGCGUUACAUCGUUUACGAAGAUUUGUGGGUUCCUGCUCUCGACAGAAAAUGGCAAACAACGAAAGUCAAGAAGAAGAAGAGAUUUUCUUUUGAAAACUAA